GCGGCGGACUACUUGUCACCACAUACUCGGUCGGUCGGUGGGGAUUUGACGAUGGAUCGACAUCGGCAUACGACUAGAGUGCAAGUGUUCGCGGGGUCGAGAGCGACAAAGAUGAUGUCGUGGGAGGCUCUGUUGGAUACGGGAAGUCCGGCAUCGUUUGUACAAGAAAGGUGGCGUUCAAGCGGUUGUGGCAAAGGGUGCCUCCGCACAUUCGAGACGUCCAUUUCGACUUCAAUGCGAAACUGUGGGAGGCAGAGGACAUUGACAAACUAGGGACGGGGCAGAACACGUGCGCGACCUGGAGAGGUUUUUCGAGCGUAUGGUCAAGUUCAACCUGAAACUGGCACCCAAGAAGACGAACCUGGGGGUGAAGGUGGUGACGUUCUUGGGGCAUCAAGUCACGGCGGAAGGGAUCGGGCCGGACCCGGAAAAGGUCAGACCGCUGCGUGAAGUGCCAAUGCCCACUAAUGUUAGCCAGCUACGAUCGUUGUUGGGGUCUUUGUCGUACUAUCGGAAGUUCCUGAAGAACAUGUCGGCAAAAUUGAAACCGAUCAAUGCAAUGCUGAAAAAGGGAGAGAAGUUUGCGUUCACGGCUGAUCAUGUGGCGGUGGUAAGGAAGAUGAUGGAUAUUCUGUCUGGUCCUACGGUCUUGGCAUUUCCGUGUUAUGAGGGUGCGAUAUCGGGAGAGCGGCCGUUUCGGCUAACCGCUGAUGCGUCGAUUUCGGGCUUGGGAGCCGUAAUUGAGCAAGAGCAACGAGAUGGGAGUAUUAGACCGCUAUGCUUUUUGAGCCGAUCCACAUUCCCGAAUGAAACCAGAUGGAGUCCGACUGAGCUGGAAGCGGGUGCGAUAGUGUGGGCGAUUAAGAAGAAUCGAACACUAUUUUAUGGCAUCCCCUUUGAAGUGUACAGUGACCAUCAACCCUUGCGAAAUUUGGGGAGUUUGGCAGAGAAAAACAAUCGCGUACAGAGGUGGUAUGACUUCCUGUCAGCGUACACGUAUGAACUGAAGUAUCGACCAGGGCGAGAGAAUGCAAAUGCCGAUUUGAUGUCACGGUUGCCAUUGCCUGCGACGAAAGAGGAUGAGGCACCAGAUGUCAGGCUGACUGAUCCGUCUGAUCUUGAUGUUUAUAUGAUAAAUGCGAGCGGGGUGCUACCUUCGCGAUUGGAUCCGGUGUAUACCGAGCGAGAGGCGCUCGCUGGGUCGAACCAUCGCGAUGAUUUCGUGGUGGGGGAAAGUGGCUGUACACCGGCAAGCCUCACUACGGAUGAACUGGCAGACAAGACGUGGGCGCUGAUCCAAAGGGGGAAGGGCGUGUCCAACCCUUUGCCUGAUGGUGCGUGUGUGCCUGAUGACACCCGGUUGGUGGAACCGAGUGGGGAAGUAGUCAGUGACGCUUGUUGGGAUUGGUGGAAAAAUCGCGAGUUUAUGCUAUUUCUCAAGGAGGGGGCAGUGCCUCUGGUGGUGAUGAUGGUAGUAGCAGUAACGCUCGUGGGAGUGGGACUGUUGCUGGUGGUGGGGGUAAAAGUAACGCUCGUGGGAGUGGGACUGUUACUGGUGGCGGGGGUGGCAGUAUUGCUCGUAGUAGCAGGGCUGUUGCGUGUGGAAGGGGUCGAGGAAGAGGGGCUGGUGGUGGUGGUAGGGGAAGGGG